UUUUCUUCUGUCGUCCUAGAAAACACUCUUUCUUUGUGGGGUUGUUGUUGCCUUGGCCUUGGAGCCUCCAAAAUCAGAGGCAAAUCUUUUUUUUUUUUUUUCUCUUCUGGUAAGACUCCCAAAGCCCUAACUUAACUAAAUUCACUUUUGAUCCGUCUUCUACCCAUCAACAGUUAGGUUGUGUGCUUUUCUCAGUCAUUGCAACAGGCAUUUCGGCGUUGGCUAUCUCUCUGGGGGAUAACAUGAGUUUUGCUGGUCCUUCCCUGGCUUCUGGUGGUAAAACUGUUAGAAGAGCUCUAGAAUUCGGAAGGACUUAUGUGGUUAAGCCCAAAGGUAAACACCUUGCCACUGUUGUUUGGCUACAUGGGCUUGGCGAUAAUGGCUCAAGCUGGUCACAGCUCUUGGAGACUCUUCCUCUUCCAAAUAUUAAAUGGAUAUGCCCAACUGCACCGACUCAACCUGUAACUGUAUUCGGGGGUUUCCCAUCAACAGCUUGGUUUGAUGUGGGAGACCUUUCAGAAGAUGCUCCUGAUGAUACAGAGGGUCUGGAUGCUGCAGCAGCACAUGUGGCAAAUUUGCUGUCAACAGAGCCCUUUGACAUUAGACUUGGAAUUGGAGGCUUCAGCAUGGGUGCUGCAACUGCUAUGUAUUCUGCUACCUGCUUUGCUGCUGGAAAGUACUCAGACGGCAGUGCAUACCCUGCCAAUUUGAGUGCAAUUGUUGGAUUAAGUGGCUGGCUUCCAUGUUCAAAGACCCUGAGUAAGAAAAUAGGAGGGGAUGAAACCGCAAGGCGUGCUGCUUCCUUGCCUAUAUUGCUCUGUCAUGGCAAAGGUGAUGAUGUGGUUCCUUACAAAUUUGGUGAAAAAUCCUCACGGGUUUUGGUUUCAACUGGAUUCCAGGAUGCAACAUUCAAAGCAUACAAUGGGCUUGGUCACUACACAAUCCCUGAAGAGAUGGAUGAGGUUUGUGCUUGGCUUACUUCUAAGUUGGGGCUUGGAGGGCGUUCUCCAUGAUUUGACGUUCUGUGCAUACAUGAAGGAUUUGCUUGGGCGGGAAAAAACUGAAGCAGAAAAUAUUCAGAGGCACAAUCAAAAUAAAGGUGCCAAAAGUGGUUCCGGGCAUUUUAUACAUGUAAUACAGUGCUCUCUGUGACAAGUUGGUACUCGUGUACCAAGGAGUUGGGUUGAACUGCAUUUUUUAAGUUAGGGAAUUGCAUUUCGUUCGAGUCAUUUAUGUGCUUUUCCGCAGUUUAGCAUUGAAAGUUGAACGUUCAUAUUAAUUGCCACAUUCGAGACUUGAUGUUGUAUUGUCUGUCGUCACAGAGGUCUGAUUACAUGAUCAGAAACUCGUAAUAAAGGCUCUUUUCUGAAA